GAGUAUAAAUACCGCGUUCACCGACCAACGCAUUACUCGCCAAGGAAAAAGCGGACAACGACGAAAACGUUAUUUUAACGUACAUUAUACAUUAAACAUUCAACAUGCGUGAAAUUGUACACAUCCAAGCCGGUCAGUGCGGUAACCAGAUUGGUGCCAAGUUCUGGGAAGUCAUCUCAGACGAGCACGGUAUUGACCCCACUGGUACCUACCACGGUGACUCUGAUCUCCAGCUCGAGAGAAUCAACGUUUACUACAAUGAAGCCACCGGUGGCAAAUAUGUACCACGUGCAAUCCUCGUCGAUCUAGAGCCAGGUACCAUGGACUCCGUCCGAUCUGGACCAUUUGGACAGAUCUUCCGACCAGACAACUUUGUGUUCGGACAGAGCGGAGCCGGUAACAACUGGGCCAAGGGUCACUACACAGAGGGAGCUGAACUCGUCGACUCCGUCCUUGACGUAGUCAGGAAAGAGGCUGAGAGCUGCGACUGCCUUCAGGGAUUCCAACUUACACACUCCCUUGGUGGUGGUACCGGAUCUGGUAUGGGAACACUCCUCAUCAGCAAGAUCCGUGAAGAAUACCCCGACAGAAUCAUGAACACCUUCUCCGUUGUACCAUCACCAAAAGUAUCAGACACAGUCGUAGAACCAUACAACGCCACACUCUCAGUCCAUCAACUCGUUGAGAACACCGACGAGACAUACUGCAUUGAUAACGAGGCUCUCUACGAUAUCUGCUUCAGAACCUUGAAACUCACCACCCCAACAUACGGUGACUUGAACCAUCUCGUUUCUGCCACCAUGUCAGGUGUCACAACUUGUCUCCGAUUCCCAGGUCAGUUGAACGCCGAUCUCCGUAAAUUGGCUGUCAACAUGGUCCCCUUCCCACGUCUCCACUUCUUCAUGCCCGGAUUCGCUCCACUUACCUCACGUGGUAGCCAGCAAUACAGAGCUCUUACCGUCCCUGAGCUCACUCAACAGAUGUUCGAUGCCAAGAACAUGAUGGCUGCCUGUGACCCACGUCACGGCAGAUACCUCACCGUCGCCGCUAUGUUCCGUGGACGUAUGUCAAUGAAGGAAGUCGACGAACAGAUGUUGAACGUCCAGAACAAGAACAGCAGCUACUUUGUUGAAUGGAUCCCCAACAACGUCAAGACAGCUGUCUGCGACAUCCCACCACGUGGUCUUAAGAUGUCCGCCACCUUCAUUGGUAACAGCACCGCCAUCCAGGAACUCUUCAAGCGAGUCUCCGAACAGUUCACCGCUAUGUUCCGUCGUAAGGCUUUCUUGCAUUGGUACACUGGUGAGGGUAUGGACGAGAUGGAAUUCACUGAAGCCGAGUCCAACAUGAACGACUUGGUCUCUGAAUACCAACAGUACCAGGACGCCACCGCCGAGGAGGAAGGCGAGUUUGAUGAAGAGGAAGAAGGUGAAGAGGCUUAAACUAAACUAAAAUCAAAUAAAGACAAUAAGAUACACUCCAAACAAACCGUCCAAAACAAGCAUGGUCGAACUAUCUCAAGUGAACUUUAUUGUAACAGCAUUAUUAAAAUAUAUUGUUAAGUUUAAAGUUACAUGUAUUUAACAGCUUUUUACAACUGUUUUUAUAAACUGUAAAGUUAUGUCCUUUAAAAUUCGUCAUAUUUACACACAUCGCAAUCCAGUAUUGGCAAUUUCUGUGAUGAAAUAAAAUAAAAGUGAAAACAGA